AUGAGAGAAGAUUACGAAACUUUUUUCAUUCCAUUGUUGAUUUUCGAAAGAAACAAACGUCCGCUAAUGAUCGUCAUCGAGGCCGCCCGAAUUGACUUCCAUCUCGGGUGGUGUUUCUAUCUAGUGCUCGUCGCAGGAGUUUUAUGCUUUGCGAUAGGCUUGGUUAUUUCUAUUAUUGACCUCGUAUGGCCACAUCGCUUCUCGACCAUUCUAGAGGUAUACUACGACACACCGUACGAUUGGCACGUAAUCCUCGAAGAAUCCCACGACGUUCGGUAUCGCAAGCGAAACAGCAAAGGGCUAGAAGAGCCACCGGGUCUCGGAUCGCGCAUUCUGCGCCGCCUGUCGUCGAAGACACGUGACCAGAACACCGACAAAAUGGGCAUCGAAAAUCGAGGCUUCCAGCACGACAUUCCCAAAUCACCGUGGCCCUAUCCCUUCCGACGUGCGCAACAGACUCCGCCGCAGGCCAUUCAGCGGACGAUCUCACAAGACUCGACCUCCAGCAUUGCAUCGGCUGCUGCCAUGUCCCCAUCACUGCACAAAGUUGCCCUCUCGCGAAUGCUUCCAAAACCGCCACUGGAACGCACUCGUGAAAUUUCCAACUGGUAAAACCAGGCCAUGGUACAGUCUUAGCAGUCGACCGUAGUGCAAGAUGCCACACUACCACAGGCUUCCUGUUUGCGUGAUGAUCUUAUGUGAUCUUAUGUGAUACUUAAGAGUUUAACUGCAAAACGCUGACCACUGGCCGUGCAUUUUAUUAUUCUUUCAUUUAAAAGGUACGUUGACCAUCUCCGUCAAGGACAAGAAAACAGGUGGCCAUCGUUGAAGUUUUAUAGUGCACUGUCCGUCGCUAAAGGCCGUGCUAACUAAUCCAUUUCCGGCCAGGUACGGUUAAAACGUGUUUUAGUAAAGGCUCCGUAGCAGGGUAUUUUAUUGUUAGGAAACACUUUUGGCGCUCAGCAGUUUAAGUAGUAAAAUGCAGUAAAAUCAACCAAGAAGCUACGGCAAUUUACUCUUUAAUAAGGGCGAGCGAAAAGCUGAACAACUG